GGGCAGCCGCCCGUCUUAGGUCCUCCUCCUCCUCUUCCUCGCCCAGCUCCGGGGUCUCCCUUCCUCUCCCGAGGCCUUGCCUUGACUCCCCCUCAAGACCCUCAAAGGCCCCCUCCUUCCUUCCCCUUCUUCCAGCAUGUCUUCAGCCAAACAAAGGAGCCACAAAGGCGCGCCGUCGUCCUCGGAGAAGGCAGCCCCGGAUGACGUGGCAAAGAAGCCGCCGCCUCAGACGGGGCCUCCUCAGCCCCCGAAAGGCGGCAGAGGGGGCUCCCCGGGGGCCUCUCCCAGCCCCGGCUCCUUCUGCAGCCUGGCCCGGCUCAGCUACGGCUCCCUCUCGCUGCUCUUCUUGGCCGCCGCCGCCUUCUCCGGCUACUGCCUCCAUCACCUCUCCGGGGAAGUGGAGCGCCUGGGCCUCGGGCAAGAAGCCUUGGCCAGGCAGAGGGAGCAGCUGGCCAGCGGCCUCCGAGGCGCCUCCGAGAAGUUGCAUUCUCUUCAAGCUUCAUUUGGAGGUUUUGAAUUGAUGCUGAAAAAUGCUCAGCAAAAGCAAGAAGUCACUGAGAAGGCUGUUCGGCAAGGGGAGAGUGAGAUCAAUCGCAUUAGUGAGGUUCUUCAGAAACUACAAAAUGAAAUCCUAAAAGAUCUGUCAGAUGGGAUCCAUGUUGUCAAAGAUGCUAGAGAACGAGAUUUCACAUCACUAGAAAACACUGUAGAAGAAAGGUUAACAGAGUUAACCCGGUCUAUAAAUGACAAUAUUGCUGAAUUCACAGAUGUUCAGAAACGAAGCCAAGAUGAAAUCAAUGAAGUCAAAAGAAAGUUGGCUUCGCUUGGUGAAACAGAAGCAUACAGACAAGAACUUCAGGUUUUGAAACAGGCUGUUGAUGAGAUGCAAACAUCCAUGAGAGCUAAAGAAAAGACCAUAGAAUCACUGCAAAGUACCAUAGAUCUGAUGGAGUCUGAUGUGUUGUCUGAAGUCAAAGAACUCAUCAACCUCAAACAAGAGCAUGAAAAGUUCAAAGAGGCUGCUGACACUGAGCAUAUUUCAUUACAAGCUUUGCAAGAGAAAGUUCUUAAAGCUGAAGAGUCUAUUGCACAUCUUCCUGAUGAGAUUAAGAGACUCAGUGAAGACUUGCUGCACACCAGGCCACCUGCUAAUUUGGAAGAAAGCUCUAUGCUCACCAAGGAUGAUGUAGAAAGUCUGCAGAAGAGCAAUGAAGAGUUUGAAUCUAGGCUUGGAUCUGUAGAAGAAAAUCUUCAGGCUCUGAUGUCCCCAUCUGUACAACACAUGGAAGAGAUGGAGUCCCUUCUCUCCAAAUAUGACAGCAAGAUCGUUGCCUUAGAGGAGGGCCUCAGCUCCUUUCGUGGGACUUUAGAGGAUGAAGUUCGUUUUCUGACGGAUACUGUAAGGAGUCUUGGUGAAGCAAAGCUCUCCAUGUACAGUGACAUCGAUGAAUUGAGGAAAAGUGUGAGCGACUUACCAAGUAAUGCUGAGGCACUAAAUAAUAUCCAGAAACAGGUUCGUGCUUUGCUGGAUCAAGGAAAGCCUCCAGGACAAUCUGAGAAUCAUCUAGGAGAACUCCCCGCUGUAAAAGAUUCCAUUGAUGAACUGCGUUCUUCUCUUGGUCAGGCUGAAUCUGAUUUGAAAAUGCUCAGGACUGCCGUUGACAGUUUAGUUGCCUAUUCUGUGAAAAUAGAGACCAAUGAGAAUGAUGUGCAAUCAGUGAAGAGCUCACUAGAAGACAUCAGGAAUGACCUAGACAGAUUGUUUGUGAAAGUAGAAAAGAUACAUGAAAAGGUUUAAAUACCCGGUGUAAAGCAUUUUUAACUAUGGAGCUGCAAAAACAAAACAAAACACAAAAAAUUAGCUUUCUUAGGCCAAAGGGUUUUUGUUGUUAUUAGAGGAAGUAGAAUAUUGUUGGGCUUGAAAGAAACAUCUGUGAUGUUUCUAGAAAAAUCAAAAUACAUUCCAGGUAGGGGCCCAUUUUUAUUUUUAUUGGGUCAGUUGCUAUGACAAAUCAUUCAAUUUCUGCUGCCUAAGUCAUAAUACACAGAGAAGAGAGAGGAGCAGAAGAUAACUAUGGCUUUGAUUUUUUUACAAUGGCAUGUGGGUUUUUUAUGCAUACGGCAGUAGCAUGCCAUUGAUUGAGGGAAGCAGAGUAAUGUACAUUACACUGCAUGUAUAGAUCUGCUUUCUUCCAUAGAAUAAAGUGACUGGUUCAUGCAAGAACACUUUACACACAUUAAAGUGUGUGUAGGUCUCUCUCUGUAUAUUAUGCUGCAUGUGAGUACUAUAUGCUCACAAGGAGGUUCUUAUAUGGUGAUUUGGUUGAUAUUCAAGAUCUGAGGCCUGUUUACACUACAGAAUUAUACUGCUGUUAUUUCACUUUAACUACCAUGGUUCUGUCUUGUAGAAUCCUGGGAUUGACAGUUCAGGGAGGGACAUUUCAAAUUCUCAGCCAGAGAGCUCCAGGGUCUCAGACUACAAAUCCCAGGUUUCCAUAGGGUGUUGCCAUGGCAAUUAAAAUGGAAUAAUAACACUAUGACAGUGUGGUGUGAAUGGGGCACUAGUUUAUCAAGAUCUGUGACAAGAAUGCUUUCUAAAAGCUUCAUACUCAGUAUUGCUUUUCCAUAGCAAAACCAAAGAUCAUUCGCCUUAUUUUCCUACUUUUAAUCCAGGUCUAGACAACUUUCCCAGAUCCUUGGGCUGUGCAUGCCCCCUGCUGAACCCAAGGGGAUUGCAUACACACACACACACACACACACACAAACACACCAUUUCAAACUUUUUUUUUUUUAAAAAAAGAAAGUUCCCUCAUACCCUCUUGGUAUCACAAUAUGAUUUUGCUGGGGGAAGGGGGGUGGACAGAGAAACAGGCCAGGAGAGGCCUUUCCUCACACAAAACAUUUAUGGGGGUGUGUGUCUUUGUUGGCCCACAAAAUAUUUGGGGGGGGGGUGUUAGGUGGGCUACAAUGAGGCCAUAGAAAACUAUACAUCGCCCAGCAUACUUUGCGUACUGUACUAGAACUGGCAAUAAUGGCUACAAUUUUGUCAGCUGCUUUUCUUCCGUUUUAGACUAAAGUAUUUUCCAACUUUGAUGUCUCCAUUCAUUGCUGUAGAGAUCUGUAGGAGCCAUGUUAGGGAGAUGAAGACAGAAUGGUUUCUGAAUAAAGUUAUGUCAAAACUCUUUCCAGUGCUUUGGCAAGGUUUGACAAACUUGUACUCUGUGAGCCACACUAAGUGCCUGAUCAUCUAGUGUUAACUUUGAUGAAAAAGAAGUGGAUCUCAGACUUUAAAAGCAACCAAAGCCCCAAAACCUUAUACAGUAUGUGGGCAAUAAUUGUAAGACUGAGAAGUGUUAAUAAUAAUGUUCAUAUAAAACUCUCUGCUAUUCCACUGCCUGGAUUCUUGUUUACCUCCCUUAGAAAAUAUCUGUGUUGUGGUCUUUUAUAAAUUUACUUAAAUGUUUAGAAAGGUGCUUAAUCAUGCAAGGAAGAUUUUGGGAGAAUGAUGUUAAGAUCUACACAUUAAGUCUUCCCUAAACUGCAAUACUUUGGGAAAGAUCACAGCAGCAGAAGUGACGGAAGUCGAAGGCAGCAAAGAUGUCUGAUGACUUCUGAUGUUACCAGCAAUGUGUGUACUGCAAAACCAGUAUCAGGAGACCUGAAGCUUUAAAAACCAAGAAGAAUGGACUGUACUGGAAUCAGUUCUUACUCUCCUGAGCUGCUUCCCACUGACUUUCCUUUUGUGAGUCUUGGAUGAUUGUAGUGUUGACUGUGAAAUUAAGUUUUCCCCCCUAGUAUUUGUAAUGUUUAAUAAACCAGGGAUAGAAAUUCACAGC